UGAGCGCGUCUUCAGCCUGGGAAGAUGCGGCGCACUCCUUGCAGGCGCACCGAGCCGGACCGCUCCACACACAUAACGCAUGAUGCUUCUUCUUCUUCUUCUUUUUUUCUUCUCGCAACACCCCUUCUUUUGCCUUUUGUCCGAUGCAGAGGCCGGCGGACACUUUUUCCCCCCCACACUGCAGUGAAGCUGUAAAAGUCACCCUAGGUUUAAAAUGGACGGACAAGUCGGCGCCAACACGACACCGCCCUACGACAACUGGACUUUUUACAACACCUCCUGGGACUACGCCCUCCCCAGGAACAACAUCACCUACGUGGGAUUCUACCUGCACCAGCCGUCCACGGCGGCCAUCUUCAUCGUGUCCUACCUGCUCAUCUUCCUGGUGUGCAUGGUGGGCAAUGGCGUGGUGUGCUUCAUCGUGCUCCGGAGUAAGAACAUGCGCACCGUCACCAACUUGUUCAUCCUCAACCUGGCCGUGAGCGACCUCCUGGUGGGGAUUUUCUGCAUGCCGACCACGCUUCUCGACAACAUCAUCACAGGAUGGCCGUUUGGAAGCCUGGUGUGCAAAAUGAGCGGCAUGGUUCAAGGGAUCUCCGUGUCUGCGUCCGUCUUCACUCUGGUGGCGAUCGCAGUGGACAGGUUCCGAUGCAUCGUUUACCCAUUCAAGCAAAAGCUGACCAUACCCACCGCCUCCUUGAUCAUAGUCAUUAUCUGGGUCCUGGCUAUAUCCAUCAUGUGUCCAUCUGGUGUGAUGCUCCAAGUGACUCAGGAGCAGAGCAUCCAGGUGCUGCUGGGCUACGACAACAAAACAACUCCUUUUUACUGGUGCAGGGAGAACUGGCCCAACCAGGACAUGCGAAAGAUCUACACCACUGUUUUGUUCGCCAACAUUUACCUGGCCCCGCUAUCCCUCAUCGUCAUCAUGUACGCCCGCAUCGGAAUCACGCUCUUUAAGACGGCCAUGCCUACAGGGGGCAAGCCGGGCCACGACAACCGCCACACUGUGUCCAAGAAGAAGCAGCGAGUGAUCAAGAUGCUCCUCAUUGUUGCCUUUCUCUUCAUUCUCUCCUGGCUGCCUCUGUGGACUCUCAUGAUGCUGAGCGACUACGCCCGGCUCACCGAGCAGCAGUACAGGAUCAUAAACAUCUACAUCUACCCCUUCGCCCACUGGCUCGCCUUCUUCAACAGCAGCGUCAAUCCCAUCAUCUACGGGUUCUUCAAUGAGAACUUCCGCCGAGGAUUUCAGGCGGUCUUCAAGUUCAGCCUGUGUACUGCCGACGGCCAGCGGAGGAAGACCUACUCCCACAGGCUGCAGACCAACUCCGUGCUGCCGGCGAAUAACGUACAGACGUCCCUGGAGCCUAUUUCUCUAAACAGCUUGGAGAAGACCAGCUCCAGGCGAAUCCACCGGGUCGCCGAGCAAGACUUGGUCAUGGAGGACCUGGACAAGGGGUCUAGCAGUGGUGGAGUCACGGCUGUGUCCAUUUAAACUAGUGCCAUUCCUCAAGGUGUCUGUUUUGAGGUUUUCGGUCCUCGUACCAACUGUGUGUUCCUUGUAAAAACUGAACUAAAGCAGGAAGCUACCUCCCCUAAAAUGCAAUCCGAGCCAGAAAUGAAGAUUUGUUGUCGGGUGCCAACGCACAUUCUGAACGUCUGAAGGCUGUCAACAAAGGAUUCUGAGUUCAAGUCCUAAUAGCACAAACAAUCAGUGUUGUGGUAACGUGAUGCCUACAAAACUACAGUAGAGCCUGUUUAGAGUCAGUCCGGUUUAUGUUUACAAACCGUCUAUGUCAACCUACUCAUCAAGUCCGGGUCGACUGUGUUCUUCUUAUUAAUUGUCAACAUACAUUUUGAGAUUCAAACGGGUCCUUCCUAUGAGGAAUUCAGUCCGUUUGUUCCGACAUGUUUCGCAGUAGUGUUAAAUGUGCCCAAAGGGACUUCCUGGUCAAUGCACAGAAAGCUUCAAAAUAAAAGCAUGUCAGUAUUAGCCUGGAUUUUACCACGGCAACCAAAUUCGUUUUAUGUCCCCGGCAAAAGUGGCAAGUAAACGUGUUUGCCGUUUUGGUUAUGUCGUCAAUCGCUUCUGUCGUGGCUCAGUCGACACAAAUAAGUUUUAUUGUAGUACCUUUCAAAAAAACACAGAAUAUGUUUAAAUGUAGAAAGUUGCGUCGUACAUGGGCGAGGCUUGCGGAGCAGACUUCAGGGCUGUGUUAGCUCCCUUCGCUAAGCUCUAUGGUUAGUUAACUAGCUUGCGAGAGUACACCUGAGAAUUCCAUUGUCUCUCAACCAGGAAGUGGCAUGCUAACAUAAUGGAAGGCUAAACCAAUAAAAAUAAAAUAAGGUUGCCAACCGUUAACGGAUGUAUUUACCUUGGUUUGUUUGUAGUGAUCGUCAAUCUUUAUUGCAGCCCUUAAGAUCCAUUAAACAUAUAAAAAACACGAAACAAAACAUUGAAAACAAAACAAAACACUAAAACAUUAAAAAACUAAACAAUAAAAAGAAACAUAAAGCCCAAAUGUCAGUUUCUAACAUACAAACAUGUGCGCCAAUGGUUCCACAGUCCAGAUGAGUAUCUAACACAGUGAUUUUGUCGUUUUCAGACCCAGCUGCCCUACACAUAAACUUAUACAUAAGGUGAGAAAGUGGGCACCUUAACACUAACAAACAUCUGGCUUGCACUGGCGCUUCUUGGAAUUCCCAGGAGAAGCCUCAUACAAUCAUUAUAAGCAACCUAUAGCUUCUGAAAGCUUUGCUGCUUAUACUUUACCCACAGGGGUAAAGUGCAAUAGGCUCUGAAUAAGUUGAUCUUUACAUCAUUUGUACGAUAAUACAAGUUCUUUCUCAGCAUGUUGGCUUGGGCAUACAGCAUACGCCACUGUCUGUAUAGGUCAUCAUCAUCACCCAAUAGAUCAGUAAUAAUGUGCCCCAGAUACUUAGUUUUACGACACACACUCAGCACCUGUCCUGACAGAUAGAAUGAAGGAAAAGAGAGAUCCCUGUCUUCUCUAUUUCUACAUAUCAUGAUGUAGUGUUAGGGGAGCACGGUGGAACAUGGGUUAGUGCAUGUGCCUCACAAUACGAAGGCUCGGGAUCUUUCUGUGUGGAGUUUGCAUGUUCUCUCCGUGACUGCGUGGGUUCGCUCCGGGUACUCCGGCUUCCUCCCACCUGCACCUGGGGAUAGGUUGAUUGGCAACACUAAAUGGUCCCUAGUGUGUGAAUGUGAGUGUGAACGUCGUCUGUCUGUCUGUGUUGGCCCUGCGAUGAGCUCUCCCGUCCAAAGGCAAAACCCAGUAACUCAAUUUUGGUCAAAACCGAGCUGAUAAUAAUUUUGGAGUUCCUAGGUCAGGGGUAGGGAACCUAUGGCUCUAGAGCCAGAUGGGGUUCUUUUGAGGACUGCAUCUGGCUCUCAGAUAAAUCUUAGCUGACAUUGCUUAACACGAUAAAUAAUGAACAAUUCCGCUGGUAAUCAUAGUGUUAAAAAUAAGGUUCGAAAUAUAAAACAUUCUCAUGUAUUUUUAAUCCAUCCAUUCGUUUUCUACCGCACCCGUUUAAGAAUUCGCAUUAAUGGUAAGAAGUAUUUUAUUUAUUAUUGUAACUGAACACAAACAUAGAAGCAUUUAAGUCUCACCUUAAAACUCAUCUGUAUACUCUAGCCUUUAAAUAGACCUCCUUUUUAGACCAGUUGAUCUGCUGCUUCUUUUCUUUCUCCUAUGUCCCCCCCUCCCUUGUGGAGGGGGUCCGGUCCGAUGACCAUGGAUGAAGUACUGGCUGUCCAGAGUCGAGACCCAGGAUGGACCGCUCGCCUGUGUAUCGGUUGGGGACAUCUCUACGCUGCUGAUCCGCCUCCGCUUGAGAUGGUUUCCUGUGGACGGGACUCUCGCUGCUGUCUUGGAUCCGCUUGAACUGAACUCUCGCGGCUGUGUUGGAGCCACUAUGGAUUGAACUUUCACAGUAUCAUGUUAGACCCGCUCCACAUCCAUUGCUUUCGGUCCCCUAGAGGGGGGGGGGUUGCCCACAUCUGAGGUCCUCUCCAAGGUUUCUCAUAGUCAGCAUUGUCACUGGCGUCCCACUGGAUGUGAAUUCUCCCUGCCCACUGGGUGUGAGUUUUCCUUGCCCUUUUGUGGGUUCUUCCGAGGAUGUUGUAGUCGUAAUGAUUUGUGCAGUCCUUUGAGACAUUUGUGAUUUGGGGCUAUAUAAAUAAACAUUGAUUGAAUGUUUGAUAGAGGAGCCAUUUUGUGGUCGUCUUUACAGAAACAAACAAAUGAAAUGAAUCGGAUUAGCCGCGCGCUUCUUCUGCUACGGGGGCGGGUGCUUACCUUGCCGGUUGCGUACCGUAGAAGAAGAAGCGCUUCCUCUUUCCAGGUGGGCGGGUGCUUACCUUGGCGGUUGCUUACCGUAGAAGAAGAAGCGCUUCCUCUUCUACGGGGAAAAAAAGAUGGGGGCUGUUUACCGUAGUUGCGAAACCUAAACUCUAUGAAAAUAAAUAUUUAUAUUAAUACAUAUAUAAGGCGCACCGGAUUAUAAGCCGCACUGUCAUCUUUUGAGAAAAUGUUUGGUUUUUAGGUGCGGCUUAUAGCGCGGAAAAUACGCUAUGUUUGUACGGAGAAAAAGCGGACGGGACGACAGGUUGUUGAGGACGUUGAAUGCAGUGCCUUUAAGGCACGUCCCCAAUGUUGUUGUUUGGGUGGAAAUCAAGAGAAAUUCGGGAGAAUGGUUGCCCCGGGUGAUUUUCGGCAAGGGUACGGAAAUUCGGGAGUCUCCCGGGAAAAUCGGGAGGGUUGGUAAGCAUGAGUAUUAGCGGUGAAUGCGGUGUUAUAAUACCGGCGGGCCAGUUCAUUUGAUAUUGCCUCAAGGGCCAAUUUAAAUUUGGCCCGCGGGCCAUGAUCUAUACUUUUGAUGACUUUAUAGAUCUUUGUAAGACGGCAUCAAGAUAGAUUGGUUUUCCUGUGUUUUCUCAAAAUCAGCUGGAAGUGAGUUGCUAGGUUUUGCCUUUGGACGGGAGAGCUGGCGACUUGUGCAGGGUGUACGCCGCCUUCCGCCCAAUUGGAGCUGAGAUAGUCUCCAAAAAUGGAUGGAUGUUUGUUGUGUUGCCCCAAGGCUUCCACGGGGGUAAAGCAAUUUGAAGCAUGUACUGCUCGCCUGUGUAUCGGCUGGGGACAUCUCUGCGCUGCUGAUCUGCCUCCGCUUGGGAUGGUUUCCUGCUGGCUCCGCUGUGAACGGGACUCUCGCUGCUGUGUUGGAUCCGCUUUGGACUGGACUCUCGCGACUGUGUUGGCUCCAUUAUGGAUUGAACUUUCACAGUAUCAUGUUAGACCCGCUCGACAUCCAUUGCUUUCCUCCUCUCCAAGGUUCUCAUAGUCAUCAUUGUCACCGACGUCCCACUGGGUGUGAGUUUUCCUUGCCCUUAUGUGGGCCUACCGAGGAUGUCGUAGUGGUUUGUGCAGCCCUUUGAGACACUAGUGAUUUAGGGCUAUAUAAGUAAACAUUGAUUGAUUGAUUGAAACACAAUUGUGAGGCGAUACGGAUGUCUGAUGCUGCGAAAUAUCGCUAAGUACCCGGUUUAGCUCAGUUGGUAGAGUGGCCGUGCCAGCAACUUGAGGGUUGCAGGUUCAAUUCCCGCUUCUGCUUGGGCAAGACACUUUACCCACCUGCUUCCAGUGCCACCCACACUGGUUUGAUUGUAACUUAGAUAUUGGGUUUCACUACAUAAAGUGCUUUGAGUCACUAGAGAAAAAGCGCUAUAUAAAUAUAAUUCACUUCACUUAGUGAGAUGAUUUCAAUGGGGUUUCGCUCCACUCCCAGCUUGGACGUGGCAAUUCGGUGACUAAUUUUGCGCAUUUGAGAAGAACAAUCCACGCUCCGAUAUUCUAAUCCCAACACAGAUUCCGGAGUUACAUCAUCGUCACGCCGAACCAAAACAAUGUCACGCAUUACCGAUUCCUAAACUGGCAUUUAGGGCACAUAGAAGAGACUUAAACCCUGCGCAAGAAGGUAUUUGGUAUUUGCAGUGCUGGGACACCAGCCAGGACGCCUCCUGUGCUACAAACGGAGCCUUGCUUGACUGAGGUAUGGUCGUGCACCAGCUUUUAUUCUGAAAAACAAACAGGCACUCAUGCAUUGUGGGGAUUAGAGUAAGUGUUAUUUAUUCAGGAAGUCUCUAAACAAUGUUCCAUGUGAAUCUCACACGCGUCCGUGAACACAUUAAUGCACAGAAGCAAUUUUAUUUUUGCCUCGAGAGAGAAGCCUGCUAAGAAGACUCCGGAGAUGUUCAUGUUUAUUCAUAUUUGUCCUGCUUUUUAUCUGACAUCUUUAUGUUAGUUGAGUGUCCUGGGAGUAAAAUGCAAAGAAGUGAACCGAGCUAUUUUGGAGGUCCCCAAUGUGACGUUUUUGUUUGUUUAAGUCUGUAAAUACAGUGGGGCAAAAAAAGUAUUUAGUCAGCCAGCGAUUGUGCAAGUUCUCCCACUUCAAAGGAUGAAAGAGGUCUGUAAUUUUCAUCAUAGGUACACUUCAACUGUGAGAGACAGAAUGUGGGAAAAAAAAUCCAGGAAUUCACAUUGUAGGAAUUUUAAAGAAUUUAUUUGUAAAUUAUGGUGGAAAAUAAGUAUUUAGUCAACCACCGAUUGUGCAAGUUCUCCCACUUCAAAGGAUGAAAGAGGUCUGUAAUUUUCAUCAUAGGUACACUUCAACUGUGAGAGACAGAAUGUGGGAAAAAAAUCCAGGAAUUCACAUUGUAGGAAUUUUAAAGAAUGUAUUUGUAAAUUAUGGUGGAAAAUAAGUAUUUAGUCAACCACCGAUUGUGCAAGUUCUCCCACUUCAAAGGAUGAAAGAGGUCUGUAAUUUUCAUCAUAGGUACACUUCAACUGUGAGAGACAGAAUGUGGGAAAAAAAAUCCAGGAAUUCACAUUGUAGGAAUUUUAAAUAAUUUAUUUGUAAAUUAUGGUGGAAAAUAAGUAUUUAGUCAACCACCGAUUGUGCAAGUUCUCCCACUUCAAAGGAUGAAAGAGGUCUGUAAUUUUCAUCAUAGGUACACUUCAACUGUGAGAGACAGAAUGUGGGAAAAAAAAUCCAGGAAUUCACAUUGUAGGAAUUUUAAGGAAUUUAUUUGUAAAUUAUUGUGGAAAAUAAGUAUUUAGUCAACCACCGAUUGUGCAAGUUCUCCAACUUCAAAGGAUGAAAGAGGUCUGUAAUUUUCAUCAUAGGUACACUUCAACUGUGAGAGACGGAAUGUGAAAAAAAAAUCCAGGAAUUCACAUUGUAGGAAUUUUAAGGAAUUUAUUUGUAAAUUAUGGUGGAAAAUAAGUAUUUAGUCAACCACCGAUUGUGCAAGUUCUCCCACUUCAAAGGAUGAAAGAGGUCUGUAAUUUUCAUCAUAGGUACACUUCAACUGUGAGAGACGGAAUGUGAAAAAAAAAAUCCAGGAAUUCACAUUGUAGGAAUUUUAAGGAAUUUAUUUGUAAAUUAUGGUGGAAAAUAAGUAUUUAGUCAACCACCGAUUGUGCAAGUUCUCCCACUUCAAAGGAUGAAAGAGGUCUGUAAUUUUCAUCAUAGGUACACUUCAACUGUGAGAGACAGAAUGUGGGGGAAAAAAUCCAGGAAUUCACAUUGUAGGAAUUUUAAAGAAUUUAUUUGUAAAUUAUGGUGGAAAAUAAGUAUUUAGUCAACCACCGAUUGUGCAAGUUCUCCCACUUCAAAGGAUGAAAGAGGUCUGUAAUUUUCAUCAUAGGUACACUUCAACUGUGAGAGACAGAAUGUGGGGAAAAAAAUCCAGGAAUUCACAUUGUAGGAAUUUUAAAGAAUUUAUUUGUAAAUUAUUGUGGAAAAUAAGUAUUUAGUCAACCACCGAUUGUGCAAGUUCUCCCACUUCAAAGGAUGAAAGAGGUCUGUAAUUUUCAUCAUAGGUACACUUCAACUGUGAGAGACAGAAUGUGGGAAAAAAAAUCCAGGAAUUCACAUUGUAGGAAUUUUAAAGAAUUUAUUUGUAAAUUAUGGUGGAAAAUAAGUAUUUAGUCAACCACCGAUUGUGCAAGUUCUCCCACUUCAAAGGAUGAAAGAGGUCUGUAAUUUUCAUCAUAGGUACACUUCAACUGUGAGAGACAGAAUGUGGGAAAAAAAAUCCAGGAAUUCACAUUGUAGGAAUUUUAAGGAAUUUAUUUGUAAAUUAUGGUGGAAAAUAAGUAUUUAGUCAACCACCGAUUGUGCAAGUUCUCCCACUUCAAAGGAUGAAAGAGGUCUGUAAUUUUCAUCAUAGGUACACUUCAACUGUGAGAGACAGAAUGUGGGAAAAAAAAAUCCAGGAAUUCACAUUGUAGGAAUUUUAAAGAAUUUAUUUGUAAAUUAUGGUGGAAAAUAAGUAUUUAGUCAACCACCGAUUGUGCAAGUUCUCCCACUUCAAAGGAUGAAAGAGGUCUGUAAUUUUCAUCAUAGGUACACUUCAACUGUGAGAGACAGAAUGUGGGAAAAAAAAUCCAGGAAUUCACAUUGUAGGAAUUUUAAAGAAUUUAUUUGUAAAUUAUGGUGGAAAAUAAGUAUUUAGUCAACCACCGAUUGUGCAAGUUCUCCCACUUCAAAGGAUGAAAGAGGUCUGUAAUGUUCAUCAUAGGUACACUUCAACUGUGAGAGACGGAAUGUGAAAAAAAAAAAUCCAGGAAUUCACAUUGUAGGAUUUUUAAAGAAUUUAUUCGUAAAUUGUGGUGGAGAAAAAGUAUUUGGUCAACCAUUCAAAGCUCUCACUGAUGGAAGGAGGUUUUGGCUCAAAAUCUCCCAAUACAUGGGCAUAUUCAUUCUUUCCUUAAAGGGGGGACAUUAUCACAAUUUCAAAAGGGUUAAAAACAAUAAAAAUCAGUUCCCAGUGGCUUGUUGUAUUUUUUUAAAGUUUUUUUCAAAAUUUUACCGGUCCUGGAAUAUCCCUCAAUAAAGCUUUAAAGAGAUCGACAGGCGGAUCGGUGCGGCGUCUUCAGUAAUGCGGACGUUGUACCGAUCCGUUGUGGUGAAGAAGGAGCUGAGCCGGAAGGUAAAGCUCUCAAUUUACCGGUCGAUCUACGUUCCCAUCCUCACCUAUGGUCAUGAGCUUUGGGUCAUGACCGAAAGGAUAAGAU